AUGAAACGUUUAAGAUUGGAAAAGCCAUAUGGUACAAAUGUUGUUAUAAAAAAAGUAGAAUGUACUAAUCAUUUACUACGUAACUACAUAAAUCGUCUUAGAGAUAUAAGUGGGAAAAGAAAAAAUGAUAAAGGAGAUGUCAUACCUGGUUGUUAUCGGAAAGUCGUUCAUGAUCGCUUACUUAGGCUUCGGUAUGCUGUCACUGAAGCGAUAAAAUAUAGAAGACUUGAACAAACAGACCGCACAUAUGAAGCAACACUGACUUUACUCAAAGCAGAUAUAACAAACGGACCUAGUCAUGUUUUCGGAGACCACACUAAAUGCCAAUCGUAUUUUUGUGAGGGUCAAAAGAAAGGAGAAGAAAACAUCGUACCCGAUUUGAAAAUCUUUGGUGUUUGGGAUGAUAUUUGUAGAGCCCGAAAUCUUCUAACUUAUCAUACCGAAAGUUUAAUGUAUGGAUAUAAUAACAAUUCAGCUGAACUUUAUAAUUCAAUUUUAACCAAAUAUGUCGGAGGGAAACGUGUACAUUUUUCAUUGAAAGGGUCUUAUCAACUAAGGUGUAGCGCAGCAGUCACUGCAUAUAAUUCAGGACCAAACCGUCUUUCGUUGUUUAACAAACAUGUAACAAAUAAAAGCCCAGGGAGAUUUACAAAAAUGUAUAUUAAAAGGCAUAUAGUAAGAGCUGAAACUCGAAAACGACGGCGAUGUCUUUUUAGUGGACCAAAAAAUAGAAAAAAAUGUACAACAAUAAGAGGACCAGAUGAAAACUAUGGAAAUGUGUCUCAUGACCCACUUUCUGAACUUACUGAUGUUGAAAUCCAACAGUUAAAAAAUAAGUUCAUGGAAAAUUUAAAAUUAACUGAAAAACAAAUUAUAGACUUAGAAAUGAAUACUAAAAGACAACAUCAAUGUGAUGAAUGGCAUUUGGAGCGAAAAAAAAGACUCACUGCUUCAGUGUUUGGUAAAUUAUGUAAAAUGCGCCAAACCACGUCUCGCGAAAAGGUAAUAAAAGAAAUGUUUUAUGGGACUUUUAGUGGUAAUGCUGCUACGCGAUAUGGAAUUGCACACGAAGAUAUGGCUAAAGAAGAGUUGGAAAAAAUAAUUGGAAAAAAAAUUGAAAGUGCAGGUUUAUUUGUAGAUGCAAAUUUACAAUUUUUAGCGGCGUCUCCCGAUGGACUAAUAGACAAUGAUAGUCUCGUCGAAAUUAAAUGUCCAGCGUCUGCUAAGAGUUUUACUCCAGAAGAAGGAAUUUUAAUGAAAAAAAUAAAAAGUUGCACUAUUGAAAACGGUCAACUACAUCUAAAAAGAAAUGAUAGUUACUUUUAUCAAGUCCAGGGUCAACUGCACAUAACACGCAAAAUGUUUUGUUAUUUUUGUAUCUGGACACCUAAAGGUUUGAUGUAUGAAAAAAUUGAAAAAGACGAUGAUUUCUGGGAUAAAAAUAUGAAGUCUCAACUAACAACGUUUUUUACAGAAUACUUUUUAUCUGAAGUUUUAAAAGACAGUCUUAUAUUGAAUGAAUAA